AUGACAAGGAUCGCGUCUGUGUCCACGUCGUCACUCAUUGGCGUGGCUAUCGCGUGCGGAGGUAAUGUCCUCAUCAGUCUAGCAUUGACUGUUCAAAAGCUGGCCCAUCAGCGUCAAAAUGAAGAGCUUAUAGCUUCAAAAUCAAGCUCUGGGCGUUCCUCGCCAGAUCACGAUGAGCCGGACGUGGACCCUGGCCCCGAUUACCAGUCCGAGAGCUCGUACCAUGACGAACCGUCUCCUACGCCUUCACCGAAAGCUCGGAUCGUCGAAGCUGUGCCCGUCGUCGUCGUUCCUACAACGCCGGGUGGAGAGGUCCCAAGUACCUUGAUUCCGAGCAGAGCAAAGGGUCAAGAGACCAGCCGGCAGAGUCCCAGCGACCGACAUGCUGAGAUAGGGGAGAGCUCAAAACGACGUAGUAGCGAGGAGGCGCGGGAAACCGGCGCAAGGACGGACAUCCGAAGUCUCCAGCUUGUACCUGACCCUGGACCCUCGCAUCCCCGCUCCAGAUUACCAUCGCCAACUCCGAUACGAAUACCACCACGAUACAAAACGGACAUCGAUCUCUCCUCGAAUGAAGACAGCGGGCACAUCAGGAAAAGCGACAACGAUCCCUCCGAUCGACAUCGGGGUCGCAAACGAUCUUCGCGCCAUCAGUCUGGAGAGCAGAAAAACAAGGAUGAGGACAAGCCGGAAGUGGAGGAGGGACAGUAUCUCAAGAGCAAGCUCUGGUGGUUGGGCAUGUGUCUCAUUGCUGUUGGAGAAGGAGGCAACUUCCUCAGCUAUGGCUUCGCUCCGGCUAGUGUGGUCGCUCCGCUAGGCACUGUGGCCCUCAUUGCGAAUUGCAUCUUCGCUCCGUUGAUCCUUAGGGAGAGAUUUCACGCCAAAGAAUUGAUUGGAAUGGGUUUAGCCAUUGUCGGCGCAGUGACCGUGGUAUACUCAUCGAAUGCGUCGAAUCCGAGACUUGACCCUGAUGGGCUGGUACACGCCAUUCGUCAAGUCCCCUUCAUUGUCUACACCUGUCUCAACUUGGUCGCCAUGGUGAUAUUGUCUCUUCUGUCCCGCUCGCACAAAUACGGGGCAAAAUACAUCGGGAUCGACGUCGGCGUAUGUGCAUUGUUUGGAGGGUACACAGUGCUGUCUACCAAGGCCUUGUCAAGCUUGUUAUCGACGAUAUUCCUGUCCGCCUUCGCUUCCUGGAUCACAUGGGUUCUGGUCGUGGUCUUGAUAGUAACUAGCGUCCUCCAGGUCAAGUUUCUGAACCGAGCCCUCAUGCGCUUUCAGAGCAAGGAAGUGAUCCCCACACAAUUCGUCUUCUUCUCACUGGCAGCCAUCAUCGGAUCUGCGGUGCUCUACCAGGAGUUCAGAGACAUCACUCCAUCCAGCUUUAUCAACUUCGUCUUCGGAAUCGCAACCACAUUUCUCGGCGUGCACCUCCUCACUUCUUUCUCUGAAGAAGAAGAGGAACCCUCCGACGAGUCGACUCCGGAUCAGUCCAGAGCUACUUCACCAACUGUGACUUAUCGACCGUUGCCCAGGGCCAUGCCGACUAACGCGUCGCUCAACGUCCUACUUCCAUCAACGUCUCGGAUCUCAUCGCACUCCAACGGUCUAUCGGCAUCUCUCAACGAGCGAACACCGCUCCUGGUACCUAUCGCAUCGCCAGAGACACUCGCCAAUGGACUCAGUCCGGGCGAGGGAGGUGUUGCUUCUCUUGGUCGAAUCAAGCUCGUCAAAAAGACGUCAACGGGUGAUUUUACUCCUACUCUAGGACUGUCAUCUCAAGCAGGAUUUCUUCUGAUGGCUACCACGCCACCUAGUGCGCCAUUGCCCGGCAACUUUGGUCGUAGAGCUAGUAACCUAAGACGACCGGAUUUAGAAGAAGGUCGCGGAAGAGCACCGAGUUCAACCCGGAUCCAGCGAGGAGAUAGUACUGAAAGGUCUUCAACGCUCCCUGGGUGA